AUGAGCUUGAGCGUGCGGGAACCAAACGAUGGGUACCAAUAUGCUACUAUUCUGGCUACCCUAGUUGCUCCUCUGUCUCGGGGCAACAUUACCCUCACAUCUACAGACACUCAAGACCUUCCCAUCAUCAACAUCCCAGCCCUCCAAUCCCCCACCGACCAGCAAGUUGCCGUCGCUUCUUAUAAACGUGUUCGUCAAGCAUGCGCCAGUUCUUUUAUGCAGAAGAUCAUCAUCGGAGAUGAAUACUACCCCGGCGCAUCGGUCCAGACCGACGCUCAGAUUUUGGAGGCUAUCAAAGGCACUCUGCAGGCCGUGUGGCAUGCCAGCUCCACCUGUAAAAUGGGUCUAUCGGCCGAUAGUAUGGCUGUUGUUGACAGCCAUGCACGGGUCUAUGGUGUUAAGGGAGUGCGUGUCGUUGACGCAAGUGCGUUUCCGUUCCUGCCCCCAGGACACCCUCGGAGCACAAUUUACGCCCUGGCUGAGAAGAUUCCGGAUUUGAUAAAAAAUGGGCAGUAA